AAAGCUUAGUUACUUUUGUUUGCAGAAAAGGAUCAAUUUAUUUAUGUUCUAGAAAAUUGGUUUAUACAAAUUGAAUUAGUAUAGUUUCUGGUUGGUGUUUGCGUGUAUAAAUUAAAAUGUAUCACAUGAAAAAAAUUGUUCCCGUGGAAGAUAAUUUAAUGCUACCACAGUGCAUGUAUUAUUUAAAAAAUCCGAAUAAUAACAUGAAAAUCGAUGAAGCAGAACUUAAUAUCAGUGACCAGGUUAUGAGGUUUCUUAAGAGAUCACCCAACAAAACCAUCAUAGAAAUAGAACAAAGACAAACUCAGUUGUUGCAAAAAUUGGAUGUACUUUAUGAUAGAAUUAAAACAAUCAGUACAUUAUGCAAAUUGGAUGUUCAACCUAAUGUUGUCAUUAGGAAAGCAGAAAUGAUAAUGGAACCUGAAGAAAUUGUGGUAGUACUUAAUCCCAAGAUUUUGCCAAGUUUCCUUGGAUUGUUUGUAAAAAAAAGUCCAAAUUUGCAAGUAACAUGGCAUAUUCAUUCAUCAGUAUCAGCAGAAGAUAGUUUGAAGAUCAAAGAUUUUUUUAAAAAUAAGCCAAAUUUAAGCUUCAACAAUUUAAAUGCCAAUGAAACUGGGAAAUUGAAGAAAAGAACCAAUUUGAGACUGAUAUUUAAAAAUGUUUCAGCCUCUGCAGAAUUAAGGAUGUCUUCGUUGGAUGUGCCUUUAGUAGGCAUAGUGAACAUUCUCCGCUUCCUUUGUUUACUGUAUCCAACAUUAUUACAAUAUGAUCAAAAUGACUACUUUGUAGACAAUUUGCUGGAUCAAUGCCAUUUAUUAGAGAAGACAUCUGGAAAACAUAUGGAGGACAUUAUCACACAAAUCUUUUCCCAAAGUAAAGAAUGGAUCUACAAAAAUGAAUUCUCAAUAGUUGAUGUAGCUACUUUUAUAAUAAUCCAAAUGAAUGGUGUUACAAAAUCAGUAUCCAAAACUUGGUACAAUAAAUGUGAAAAAGCAUUUAUGUAAAAUUUUAAUACUUAAUCGAAAUAUUAAUAUAUAAUCAACUGAUCUUGUU